GCCUCUCCUUUGUACCACCAUUGUAGCCCAAUUAAGGUAUUCGAGCAUGUACAAGGAUUAAGUGUCUAUGUGACCAAAGUGGGCGGUAAAUAAUAGUGAUCGGAAUCAGAACCAACAACGGCCAAAUUGCGCAACUUGUUUUGUCGCCGUAGAGCGCUCCGUCCGACCGGUGUGGUGUGUGUAGUUCGAAAUACUUGCAUGCAUUAUUGCAAUCGGUGCGCCUGCUAGUAAACCGUUGGGAUAAUGCCGACCGGAAGAAGAUCGCGCAAGAAGUUUUAUCAGGCCGAAUGUGUGCUGUGCAUGGAGUGGCUGACGAUAGACGAACGGGGUGGUCCCAGCGUUGGUGCUAACAGUGAUUCUACCCGUUACAACAGCAACGGUCAACACAGUGUUGCGGUGUGAGCUAUAUAAAGAGAGUGAAGUGAAAAAAAGAAAACAAGUUUCGUGAUUAUAUUUUUAUCGCAUUUCAAGUGUAAACAAAGCGUGUGAAAUUCGGCGGAGGUGUAGUAUAUCUACCUACCCCGCGAUCAGCAUGACGGCAUCGGCCAGUGUCGAGUCGUUGUUUCCCUCUACGCCGGAGCAGCAGCACAACAAUCACAACCACUACCACCACCAGCAUCCGUCGGCAUCAACACCAACGGCAAGCACAUCACAGCAACCGGUGCGAAGAUCGCAACCGCUGAAUUCACUGUCAUCACCGAAAGUAUCCACCAUGUCCGGUGGUUUUUCGCAGCAGCAUCCGGCGCUGAUGGUGGGCUCCCAAAAGCCACCACGGUCGUCUGUUGGAGGGGCAUCGGUGGCCGCCGGAACUGGUGGGCGGGCCGGUGCGAAACAGUCCGAUCGCCGGAGCGCCUCCACCACGUUACCGUCCCGCGUAUCGCAAAUGUACUACAAACAUGGACUAUUUCUGUCCAGCUAUCCCACGACCGCCACCAGCAUUGCUCUUGCCAUCAUCAUCUUUUGCUGCUACCCACUGCUGAAUAUUCCUCUCCCGGGAACGAUACCGACCAAAGUUAUUUUUCCGCACACGGAAAGCAUCAGCGAAAACCUUCACCUCACCAACGCGAACCUCUCGAGCGAGUUCUACAAUCCGUUCAGCUUUUCCGGUGGGAACAUGUUUAACAUCUACAACAUCAGCAUGGAGACACCGUUCCCCUGGGCCCGAAUAGACCCGCUGCUGUACGUGCAGCAAGUAAUCAUGCGUACAAGUGUCGUGCCCUGGGAGGAUGAUCUGCUGCUGACCGAUGCGUUCCGUGGCCCGCUGUAUGAGGUGUUCAAGCUGGUUGAGAUCAUCCGCAACCACGAGGAUAAAAGCAAAGUAACCCUAGGCCACCUUUGUCUGCACGUGGAAAAUGUGAAACGUUCAUCCCAGCAGGCGUUGUUUCCCGAGUACAACUGCUUGCUGCUCUCUCCGGCCAACCUUUGGCAGCAAAAUAUGCAAAACUUUAACAAGGAUAGCAACCUUUUGAAUACAAUCUUCGUUAACCAUAACUUACAAAAGUCCAAGGUAUCCAACGCGGAAAUGUUAUUUGGUAUUCCACUACGGGACACCGGUGUUAAACGAUAUCCAAUGCGAACGCGACCACGGAUCAUUCAGUACGCGGUCACGUUGAUUCUGCGUGAGAAUAACCCGGCCUACAUCGAGUCGUUACGGUCGAAACUGGUACGGGCGUAUCCGCUGCAUCAGAAGAACGUAGUCGAGCCGGAAGAUGGGACGGAUGGCGAUGGCGAGGCUGUAACGGAGACGAGCGCCAAAGAGCAGCCCAUGGGACAGCAGUCAAUCAUGUAUAUUUUCUAUCCGGGCGAGUUCAACUGGAAAGAGGUUUUGCCGCAGUGUGUCGCAUUCGUGUUGCUUUUCAUCUACGUAUACUUUUCGGUGCGCAAAAUAGAAGCGAUCCGAUCACGGCUGAUGCUAGCGUCCUGCGCCGUACUGACCGUCCUUGGCAGCUUGCUGAUGUCGCUGGGGUUGUGUUUCUUCUUCGGGCUAACUAUCAGCUUUCAAUCGAAAGGCGUAUAUCCGUAUCUGGUCAUUCUGGUGGGAUUAGAGAACGUGCUCGUUAUCACCAAGAGUAUCCUCACGACGGACAACAAUCUCGACGUGAAAAUACGGGUGGCGCAGGGAUUGAGCCGCGAGGGUUGGUCGAUCACGAAGAAUCUUCUCACGGAGAUCACGAUCCUGACCGGCGGUUUGGCGACGUUCGUGCCAGUAAUACAGGAGUUCUGCAUAUUCGCCAUGGUCGGGCUCGUGUCAGACUUCUUACUGCAGAUGCUUUUCUUUGCAACCGUGUUGGCAUUGGACAUCAAGCGAGUCGAGUACAGUACCGAAGUACGACGUUUGCCCAAGAUGCUGUACUUUAAUAGCGAGUUUCGACGUGGCGCAGGAAACGUCACGGUAUCCGGUUCAACGCUAGAGACCCGAAACGGGGCCGUCGGUUCGAUCAACCGGUCCCGGUCGCACCCGAAGCUGACGGGGUUGGAUCAAGCGACGGGACAUCAGAAGAGCGCGGCAAGCCUCAGCGGAGGUACAGGUAGUGGGAAGGACGCCAAAAUCCCGAAACGUUUGCGCAUCGUCAACUUUUGGGCGCGGACGAGAUUCUUUCAGCGAGGUUUCAUGAUUUGGAUGGUGCUGUGGAUCUCGAACAUUAUCUACAACGCGGGUCUCAUCGAGGAACUGUUCGUGAUUGACAAGAACAUGACGGCGUACGGCGAUAUAUCUUCCGUGGGGCUAGAUAAUACUGUUUCUCGGUUUGAACUUUCGCCCGGUAGCCACGAACCGCAUGAGGUAAGCUCCGAAUCAGUGAGUGCAUUGGACAUGGAUCGUUUGAACUUCCAAAAGCUUCCCGAUGGAUUGCAAGUCGGGGGUGGGGCCACUCCGGCCCUGAACGUGACGGAACAGUUAAAUCGGCUUAAACAUCCCGACUACGAGACGGUGUAUCAGCUGUCCAACUUCCACUGGUCGUCGAUACUGAAGCAGUACAAUGUGUCCCUCAGUGGACGGUACGUGACCAUACUGCCACCGAUUAAACUAUCUCACGCCGUAAGCCCGCAGACGGCUCUGCAGUUGCGUAAUGUUGACGAGAAGGCGCCGCACCACUUCCAGUGGAAGGCACUCGCGGUCGCAUUGGAUCCGCUAGACUUUAACGAUGCCGAUACGGGCGAUGGAUCACCCGUACCGAUCGGAAACGCACCGUUUUACCCGAAAACACCGAUGGAAAUUCUGCUCACCUGCAUGUUGCUUGCCGUGAGCACAUUCGUCCUAACGUACACGAUGAUCGUGCUGUAUCGGUGCGUCUGUACGCGCAACUACGCUGAAUGGAGGGCUAGCUGGCACGAGAGCGACAGCGAAACGGACGCCAGCAGACCGGAACAGUGUCUGCUGGAAGGCGUCCCGAUUCAGGUAAACGGCCACGCGCACCGAAUUGAGUGUUUGGUCACCGACGGCAACAUGAUCGCUAGCUCGUGCCUCCAGGGACAGGUCAAAAUCUGGGAUGUAACCAAUGGGGAGCAGAUGGCGGAAAUUGACCGCUGGCGGUACUUUGAGAUGCAACAACGACGGGGCAGCACCGCAUCGCCACAGACGCUACCACCCUCCCCCUCCGACACAACAGUUCCGUCCGGUGUGCUUUUGCGUAACGAUGAGGCCAAUUCGAUUACAGGCAUGCAGGAAGCAUUCCUCGCCACCACGGACACCACUACAGCAUCGACCACCAGUUCGCCACCCAUCGGGGCAUCCUUUAAGCUGAAGAAGAAACUUCACUUCAAUUUCUCCAACACUAAAGAAACUUCCGCUGAUGGAAAAGUAGUUUCCGAUUCCAAACUAUUCGACUUUCAGGCACAGUAUGAACGUUUCUUCACACCAUGCCCGGCGGUGCAACGAUCCUUGAGUAACGAUACCACCCCGGUAAGCACCGGUGGUAGUGAUCUCCGAAAUCGUUUCGCACCGAAUGGAUCGCAUUUGCCAGGGACAACAGCUGCCACGGGCUCCUCGGAACAGAACAAUCAUUGGAAAGCACGACCAACAGUGCUAUCGAACGAAUGUCCACGACCACCCGGACCUCCGAGUCCCAAUCAACAACUACAACAACAACAGCAUCAGCAGCAUCAAGUAUCGCCUAUAUGGUGUUUAGACUUUCUAGACAAUCUCAUCGUGAUCGGGUGUGCAGACGGUCGAUUAGAAUUUUGGGAAGGAAGUAGCGGUAAUUUUAAGUGCAUCUACGAGGCAGAAAAUUCACACAACAACGGUGUGACCAACAUCAAACUGACCGGCGAUCGCGUUAUAGCGGCCCGGCUGAGCGGUCGAAUCGACUUCUUCCGCCUUGAAACGUACACCCAGGGAAGGCAGAUCGACUGGGGCUUCACUUCGGCAUAUCGGAGAACUCACAUGCGAACAGGAUCCGCUGGAAGUUUAAGCUCUUUUCAAGCAGCCAUGACGCCUAGCGGGACUGCUGGGAGUUAUCAGCAACACGGAACCGCAGACUCGGAAGAGCUGCGGUGUAUACUGGAGUUUCAGCAGCAGGGACAUCAGCAGCCAGUAACGUGCCUGGAGGUAGCCGGGAACACCGUGAUGACCGGGAGUCAGGAUCAUACGCUGAAGGUGUUCCGUGUAGACAAUCACCAGCUACUGUACACGCUGCACUCUCACUGCGGACCGAUAACGUGCCUAUUCAUCGACCACUGGCAGUCGGGGAUGGCCGGAUCCGGCUCGCAGGACGGAUUGCUAUGCGUUUGGGACCUGACCACAGGUGCUUGUAUGUACAAAAUACAGGCCCACGACGAUUCGAUCGUGGCGCUGGCCGGUUCACCCAGUUAUGUAAUAUCGCUGGGAUUGGACGAGCGGAUACGUGUGUGGGAUCGAUUCCAAGGCCAUCCACUCAACACCAUCACCGUGAGCCAUGCGUACUCGGCGCUGGUCAUGCUCACGCCUUCCCUGCUUGUCACCGGAAAGCCAGGGGCACUAGUCGUAUGGGAUGCCCGAAGCGGCGAGGUUGCCCGAGAGGUCAAGCUGGACUGCUCCAAUAUGCAGCUUUGUCCAAAGAUCAUGCUGCCGGCGUGCGGUUCGGUGAUAUGCGACUACGGCAACCAGAUGCGUGUUGUGCGGUUUCCACUCGUUGCGGCUGAUAAAUGCGACUAAUUUACCCGCCUCAGCAAAGCUGUCGAUCCAAUUCAUCAACUGAUAGCUUCGUUUAGGGCACAAUUUUUGACCACCUUCCUAAGGAAGCUUAUUGGAAAGAAGAGAAAACAUGCGGGGCAACACUUCUCAAUGCGAGCAAAUUCCGUGUGCGGCUCUCUAAACAAACCUAUGUUCCUUUUCAAGCCUAAAUCCUGCAGAUUUCCGUGUGUUGCGUUAAUGUUUUAUAUCCGUACGACAAGCUAAGUUUGCCCAGAUAUAUCUUUACCGUGGUCGGUUUUGCUGUGUUUCGUGUUCUACGUGUUUACUCAGUCCAAGUGAGAAUAAUUAAAUUGAACGCUCGAUAUAGUUGGGCACCUUCUUGAGUGUCCUCGUUUGAAAGCUUGUAAUACAGUGUUAACUUAUCGAUACCUAUUUAAGACAUCAAAUAUCCUUCCCUGUGGGAUCAAUAUCGGAAGGGGUAGGAGUGCAGCUUUUCAAACCGUUCCAAAGCAACGCCCUUUUUUGUGUUUAUUUUAAAUUCGAACUAUUCAAACAGCUCAAACACCCACGCUUUAAGUGUAUCACCUGAUAUUCUGAUUUCCUAUGUGGUUUCAAUUAUUUAAGUGUAGAUUGUAAGGUUAUACAUGUAAGGAUAUUUUUGAGCACAAGCACCCAUAAAGCAUGUAAGAGCUAUCCAUCCCACACAAUCGACGAACAAUCGUGAUUCCAAUUGCAUUGCUCGAACGAUCCCUUAUGACACGCCGUGUCGUACAAUAGGUUUUUGCGCGUGCACCAGCCUAUCGCUAACUGAUACUAAACCAAAUCAAAGCAAAACAAAAAAACAUUGUAACAAGAUCGUGAUAAAAUAAGAUGCCUUCUGACACCGGCGCGUUCCUCGCACAUGCAUGGAAUAUCAUGGAACAGCGCAAUCCUAACUGGAAUCAUUAAAAAUCAACUACAAAAUAUGGCUAAAGGUGGGCACAUGCACAUGCGCUGCGACGCGUUGGCAACUGUCUCAUUUUCUCAGUGAUCAUGCUCAAAGCAACUAUUUAUGUUUGAAAGAAUGUCGCGAAAGAGUGUCCAACGGUUGUGACGGGUGUGUCAAUCGGAAUGAACGUGAGGAUCGAAACUGUUUGAUAUACAUGUAUGGAAAAGCAAUAAAACUAAAGUUCAUGCAAAUAUGGGCACACUUGAACAACUAAUUAAAAAAAAUGUGAACUAGCGAUCGGUACGACAAAAACAAACAAACCAAACACGCGCGAUACAAACGAGAGAUUAGCACUAUUUUCAUUAAAUUAUUAAAACGCCUCGUAUUAAGUAGUAGAUCUGUGUAGACGCGUAACUAACCCAAACACAAAUCACUGACACGUAACCGCAGAUGCUGUUAAAGGCUAACACAACCAAACACCAACGAACAUAUACGUUUGAAAAAAGGACAUGCAGAAUAAACAACUAUAGUUGAAAAAAUGGCAAUGUUCUAAUAUGAGAGAAUAAAAGAAUACA